AUGCCUUCGCACGGCGGCAUGGUCGCGGGCCACGAGUUCGAUAUCCCGAUCUCGCCAAAACCUUACCCUUCGCCGGUUCCUGUCGCUCACCCAUCAACCCCCACUCGCGAACAACCCCGUCUUCCAGACUCUCCUCGGGGACAGUCCACGACGGCCAGACAACGCCCUGUAUCAACGUCGAAACCACGGCCCCUCUCGAUGCCACCACAGAGCUACGGUCCCACUCCCGACCGCGAACGGGAUCGCCAGCACGACGAUGCGGCCAGGCGUGAGCGCGAUGCAUCGACGAGUAGGACACGAAGCACGAAUAGGAUAUUAGGAGACUACACGUUGAGCAAGACUCUUGGUGCCGGGAGCAUGGGCAAGGUCAAGCUGGCACACCACAAUGUUACAGGCGAGAAGCUUGCCGUCAAAAUUCUUCCUCGAGCUUCUCCGCCUCCAAGUGGAACGAUCACUAGUCCAGAGGCUGCAGCCAAGCAGGCAUCGAAGGAUGCCUCGAAAGAGAUUCGGACGCUGCGGGAGGCCGCACUGUCGAUGUUGCUCCACCACCCCUACAUCUGCGGCAUGCGGGAGAUGAUCGUCCAUGCUCAUCACUACUACAUGGUGUUCGAGUAUGUGAAUGGCGGCCAGAUGCUGGACUACAUCAUCAGCCAUGGUCGACUGCGGGAACGAGUGGCUCGCAAGUUUGCGCGGCAGAUCGGGAGUGCGCUGGACUAUUGUCACAAGAAUAGCGUCGUCCAUCGGGAUUUGAAGAUUGAGAACAUUCUCAUCUCGCAGACAGGGAACAUCAAGAUUAUCGACUUUGGGCUAUCGAACUUGUACGACCCGGUGACCCAUCUGUCAACAUUCUGUGGCUCAUUAUAUUUCGCUGCACCCGAAUUAUUGAACGCAAAGGUCUACACAGGCCCCGAGGUCGACGUGUGGAGCUUCGGAGUCGUGUUGUACGUGUUGGUGUGCGGGAAGGUGCCAUUCGAUGAUCAGAGCAUGCCCGCCUUGCAUGCAAAGAUCAAGCGUGGGCUGGUAGAGUACCCGGUGUGGCUCAGCGCAGAAUGUAAACAUCUCCUCACUCGCAUGCUCGUCACAAACCCGACUUCGCGUGCAUCACUCUCGGAAGUGCUCAGUCAUCCAUGGAUGCUGCGGGGCUUCCGGGGGCCGCCGGAUUCACAUCUCGUUCACCGUGAACCACUUCGUGCGGAUGAGCUGGAUCGACAAGUUAUCCGAGGCAUGAAGGGCUUCGAGUUUGGUACUGAAGACGAAAUUGAAAACCGGCUCAUUGAGAUUCUCGAGUCGGAUGCCUAUUAUCGUGCCGUACAGAACUGGGAGCGGAAACGUAUGAUACCUAAUGGACGCAACGGUAGCGGGCGUCAUUGGGAGUCCCUCUCGAACUCGUCUCUCGCCAUCUCACAAGACAGCACUGCGAAUGGCAAAGAUUCUCCAUCAAAGUCCAAGAGACGGUUCUCGGGAUUUGACUUUUAUCGACGGAAGCUGUUCUCCGCAUCAUCAUCACCUCCUGGUACGCCGUUUGCAGGCUCACCACCUACUUCUCAAUCCCACCUUUCCAACACUUCACUCAACGAUCCCAGCCAGCGCGAACCGCCAGAUCCUACAUAUGGGUUUCACCCUCUUAUCUCAAUGUAUUUCCUCUCUCGCGAGAAGAUGGAGCGCGAGAAGGUAUACGGCCCUGGUCAUUUUGCAAGUUCCCAACUGUCUUUAGAGUCGACCCCUCAGGCAGAUCCUGCGCCUGAGGUCCAUCACCCCCAAACGAACGCGAAACAGGUAUCGCAGCCUCAGGUCCGGAAGAAAGAUGCGGUCCUCGCAAAGCCAGAUUAUAGCAUGCCAUUACCACGCCUGCCUGCCCCUGAGACAUCGCACUAUUCGGGCAUGUCGUAUGAUGUGUCCGCGGCAAGUCCAUCCCCGGUGUCUGCCACCUUUGCAGCGCAACCGCGCGCCCGGGAUGCUGCGCUCGCCGUAUCACAGCCGAGGACCAGCAUGCCACCGAUAUCGGUACCGAGCACGCCCGCCAAAGCGCCUAUGCCUCGCGCGCCGGCCGGUGCUACACAUCGCCGUAGCCACAGCCUAAGCCAGCGACCAAGCGUCGGGCGAAGCUGGUUCGGUGGCGGAGGAGUGGAACCUGUCAAUGAGAAUGCGAUGCUCAAAAUACGCGUGGAUCCGCUCGAGCCUCCUCGCUCUGCUGGCCCGGAGAGGACGUCGUAUGCGGAACAGCCUGCGUCAGAGCAGCCGGAGGACGAUCAACGGUCCCCGGUGCUUAUGUCUGCAGGAGCGACACUUGUACGCAAGUUUGGCAGUCUUUUGGUUGGAGGCACAAGGGACGACACACGACGAUCUAGCGGAAGCGGAACGAUCAAGAGGGGCAACAUCCUGUCUUUCACUCCACGACCAUCGGCGGAAGACGGGGAAAAGGUCGUUGACGAGCAUGGUGCUUUAGUAAAUGAAAAGACUAGUCACGAUGCGGGCACCAAUGGGACCCAAUCGUCUGUAGGAACGAUUACACAAAGCCAUAGUCAGCCCGUCGCUUCCCCGCACCGGCGAGCUGCUACCGUUCUCGAUCCACAGGGACGCGCUGCACGGCAUGAGCGGAGGAACAGUGCUGGUCCAGCGCUGUUCUCCAACGUAGGUGGCACGAUUGGCCGCCAUCGUCGGCCUUCGACCGGAUACUCGACUGAUCACAGACGGCCAUUGACGGAUAGGCUGUUUGGUCGUACGGAUGAGGAAGAUGAGCGUGCUGCAGAGCGGGAUGAACCAGUUUCAGGCGCUAUCAACGGGAAUCCUGGUGGUGAAUUACACAGAGAUGAGGAAAGUCACGGUGAAGAGAAGGAGUUCAAGCCUGUCUACAUGAAAGGCCUCUUCAGCGUGGCCACGACGUCAACAAAACCCCCAACAUUGCUGAAACAAGAUAUCAGACGUGUCUUGGAUAGGAUGCAAGUACAGUAUCGGGAGACGAAAACCGGAUUCGAGUGCAUCCACAUCCCGUCGAUCGAUAUGUCUACUUUGCAAACACCACGUCCCCCUGAGCGCCAACACAGAAAGCGAGGAUCUGCGGGUUCAAAUGAGACUGAUGUAACCAGGCGUUCAAUUGCAAGGAAAACUUCGAAGAUUUCAUUUGGAGCAAAAGGCAAUAAAGAUAGGGAUCGCGACGUCAAGGAAAAGGAGCUUCCUAGUCGACCCUCCGGCGGCACCACCCUUAGUGCAACGGCGAGUAGCGCAUCAUCCUCGUUCUUCCAUGUUUCUUCAACUGCACAUGCUACUACUGGGGAGACUCCGGAUCUACCAUCCACGCAACAGGAGGAACCUGGGCGACCUCAAUCACCAAACAAAGGCAAGGUCUUGCCCUCUAUACCCCGAGACUUCGCUCCGAGUCCCCAGCCAAUGGCUCCAGCUCCUCUUCCAACGGGAGAGGUUAACCCAGACGUAUUCGAGAGCAUGGGUUCUAAUUCUCUGGCGGUCCGAUUUGAGAUCAAUAUAGUUAAGGUGCCCUGGCUGCCGCUUCAUGGAUUGCAGUUCCGGCGUUCGGGUGGAGAUGGCUGGCAAUACGUGACAUUGUCUCCUCCUGGGUUCUGUGUAAUGCUUUACGACUUCAUCCAUUUCAGAUAA